AGCCGUCUUGCAGGGCACGCGCGGGGCAACGGCGACGCCCCGCCCACCCUUCCCUGCCCCUUGGCUGGGGCCGCCUUUUGACACGCUUGAGGGCGAGGCGGACCGGCGGCGAGAUGUUGAUCGGCAGUCUGCGCGAUGGGAUGGGACCGAGGCUCCGCGCGCUGCAGAAGCCGCUGGUCGGCAAGCCGGCAGGAACCCGCUCGCGGGGCCAGGCAGCACGAGGGCGAUCCCUACGGCUGGAUCUCGCCGCUGGCGCUCGUCUCGGGCGCUUCCCUCGCGGCGCUCAGCGCCGCGGCCGCGCUGGGCCCCGCGGACGGGGCACGGCGGGCUCGGUGGGGGACCAGACGCGGCUCGUGCUGAUGACGCAGGCGUUCUUCUACGUGUACGGAGGGCUACCUCGACACCUUCCUCAGCGGCGACCUGCGGUGGACGAGCGCGCACCUCUCGGGACUCAUUUCUCCAUCCUGGACCACGACCGGCGAGCCCUCCUCGGCACCCUGCUCGCCCUCUUCGCGGGGCCCGCCGUGGUGUCCCUCGAGGCUAGCAGGCCUGCGCCGUACUGGAGCUGCCGGGUGCUUCUCGCAGGCUGUGUGGGCUUCGGCAUCCUGCUGACUUGCCUGAUCCGCGAGUCUGGCUGGUUUGCAGGGCACGCCUUCGCGGGCUGCCUCGGCUUCGGUUCCUCUUUCGCCCUGAUCGUCAUUUGCGCGCUCAACCACGCGGAUAGUGGCUGCGCCGUGCUGGUCACCGGCCUGCUCUCCCUGGUGACGGUGGCGACCGGCCUGCUGCAGGGUGGCAAGCUGGCCGGGCUGUGCCACUUCCCCUCCUGGGGCCUGGGGCUGGGAGAGGGGCUGAUCGUGCUGUGCUGGGGUGCUGCAAUAUCGCAGCUGGCGCACGCCUAGAAGGACGCUGAUCUGCGCGGGGGCCGCGCGGCGACGCCAGACGCCUCCGAGGCGACCCGGAGAGCAACCUGCCGUGACCGAGGCCCGCGCGGAGCGGCCUGCGUGGCGGCGAGUAUUCGGGCGGCUUACUUGCCGCAUGGGUAGCUAGACGCUCUGGGCGCAUUUAUUAAUUGCGCGUCCCAUGCUUCCCUCUCUCCAUGCCCUUCCUCGUUCUCCUCGUCCUGGUCCUCGUCGUCGUCGUCGUCCUCCUGCUCCUCCUCUGCUUCUUCCCGCGGGAGGCAGAGGAGCCCAGUGUUCGCGUGCUCGAAGCCUCCAGGCAUGGCGAGGUGCGGCGCGGCGGCGCGCGGCGAACUGUUUCCAAAUCUGCCGCCGCUCCGUGCCGCCGCUCGUUUUAGGGCCACCUCGCUUGCACCGGACCGUUGAUAAUAUCGAUGCCCGUUUGCAGUAGGAUCUGAGCCCACCUCUGCCUCGCCGCCAGCAGUUCCCUGGCCCGGGGGUCGUGGCAACGCUCCGACUCGGGCUCCGCGCUCCAGUUCCCGUGCGGGGCGCGAGCCGCGCGCGGCGUGUCCAGGGCGGCGCCCGA